AGCAAAGCGUUACAACUAUAAUGACUAGAGCCACAUAACAACUGGUGACAGCGGUGCUUGUUGCGAACAUUAUAUCAUCACAACAAGACGAACUCAUAUUAGUGGCUAUUACAAGUAGGUGAAAAUUUAUUCAAAAAAAACAUAUUCAACACUGAAAAUUUAUUCGAAAAACAUAUUCAACACUUAUUAGACGGUAUUGUCGAUUUUAGUGGCAGAAAUGAAGAUGUUCGAACAUGGAUACAACGUAUUGAAUUAUUAUUUGAUUUAGCUGAUUAUACGAAAUUCAAAUGGAUAAAAUUGACAGCAUUACAUUUAACAGAUCAUGCAUUAUCUACAACAACAAGUCAAACGGUUCAAGUGGACGAUAAUAAUCUAACCAUACCACGACAAAAUGACUUACUAGUGACUGAAAUACCAACUAUACGACAAAACCACUCAUCAACCAAUCUUUUGAAUAAAGCAUUAGCGUUCACAGAUCCUCUAAAUAAACCCUCAUCAUCAACAAAGUUUUCAAAUUCAUCAUCCACGAAAGAUUUUUUUACCACAAUGGUUGAACAGAAGGAUUCCUUUCACCGAUUAUUAUCACAACGGUUUCCGGCACAAAUACCAAAUCAGAGAGAACAAUUACGUCAGUUAAUUUCGCGUAAACAAGGAUUAAAUGAAACGAUAUCAAAAUAUUAUCGUGAUAUAUUAAACUUAUGUGAUCAAUAUGAUCCUAACAUGUUAGACUCAUCAAAAAUUGGUUAUUUGCAAGACGGUUUACGACCUGAAUUACAACACUAUACAUUGAGUCAACAGAUAUCAACACCGCAACAGUUCUUUAGCAUCAUGCAGCAACAUGAGACUAUUCAAGGAAAAUUAUCGAAUAUACAACUUGAUGCUUACCGCACAACAGCUUCAGUCCAACAACCACGUAAUCAGCAAUCCAAUUUAUCAAUGUCUCGAACAAAUUUAUCACAAUCAUUCAAUAAAUCAAACAAUUGUCGGUGGAACCAAUAUCAACAACAGCCAAAUAAUAUUCGUAGUCAACAAAAUUGUUAUAAUUGCGGACAACCUAGCCAUUAUACCAGAGAAUGUUCACACCAUUUCCAGAACUCUUAUCAAUACGAAUUAGCCAACAAAACAAAUAUACAUUUUAUUGGCGAGGUGGAGUUAUUAGUUAAGAUCCAACAUGUUACAACAAAAAUAAACGCAUUAGUGGCUGAUAAAUUAUGUACAACUUUCAUUUUAGGAAAAGGUUGGAUAGAAAAAUAUAUAGUUGACAUACUAGAAAGUGAUACGAAAAUCGUUAUUCAAAAUCAGCAUGGUCUAGUAUCAGUACCAUUCGAUGGCGAGUCUGAACGAAUAACCUUUGAUGUCAAACUGAUUCAUCCACUGACAUUAGGUCCACAACAGGAGUGCGAUGUUAAUAUAGAAGCUCCAUUUUCUACAGCUGAUACAGUUAUAUUCUCUCCAAAACAAGCAUUACAACACCAAAAAAUGAUAUUAAUGCCUAAUGCAUUGCUAAAAAUUCAGAAUUAUCAGUCCACAAUAACAGUCAUUAAUCUAAGGAAUUAUUCAACCUGCAUUCCAAAAAAUAUAAGAUUAGGUUGCGUCACCUAUGCGCCACCAAGCGUUCAAUGUUUUGUAUUAACGUCAGGAUCAUCAUCAAAUAUUCACCUUUCAAGCACUCGGCAAACAAAGAACCAAUCAUCACCUCAUAGUCAACAACUUUGUGAAGUUAAAUCAAAUCAAUCAUCUACUUCAACUGAAAUUCAUAACACUAUAAAGGCGUUACUGAAUCAUUUACCGCAAGCAGAACAAGACGAAGUAUACCCAAUGUUAUUAAAACAUCAAUCAUUAUUUGAUUUAACAAAACAAAAGAUAUCAAAUACACAGAUUCAACAUGUCAUCCGUACAGGCGAUCAUUCGCCAAUUAGUUCACGUCCCUUUCCAAGAACUCUCAAUCAACAACAAGCGUUAUCAGAACAUAUUCAACAAAUGGAAAAAGACCAUCUCAUUAGACGUUCAACCUCACCAUGGGCAUCUCCAGUAGUGUUAGUAAAAAAACCGGAUGGAUCAACUAGGUUUUGUGUAGAUUAUAGAAAAAUCAAUCAUAUAACCAAAAAAGAUGCUUAUCCUUUACCACAUAUGGGUGAAACAAUUAAUCGACUGGGUGGUCACAAAUACUUCUCGAAAUUAGACCUUAAAUCUGGCUAUUUUCAAAUCCCAAUUCGUGAAGAGGAUAAAGAAAAAACAGCUUUUAUCGUUCAAGAUGAACAUGUUCAUUUUAGAUUUGGCGUCAAUGGUAACCAUAUGGUUCUUAUUGAUCGGUCAGUAACUGGAGGAGAAAAACAUUAUGUUGGUUCAUCAACAACGGUAUUGUCUACAAGUUUCGACUAUGAAGCUGAAACAUACAAUCGAUUAAAUGGAUAUCGUAAACAUGUUGAAGAGAAAAGUGCUUGUUUUGCGAGAUUUUCCACUACUCAAAUAGACACAACAGAACGAAGAGCACAAGCACCAAUUCAACGUACUGAACAUUCUCGUAUGUCCAAAGCAGUUGCCAAGAAACAUGUGAUCACAGAAGAAGUACUUUCUCAAGCAGAAGGAUUCUUUGAAGCAGAGAAUGCUUUUCUCGCUGAUGCAUGUAAACAAACAGCCGCUGUACAUACCAAUGACGAAGAAGUAGAUGAAGAAAAAGAAGCUUCUGAAACUGUCAGCGAAGAAAUGGUUAUGUUACGACAACGUGAUGAAUCUCAAAUUAUUAGAUACAUUCCAGAAAGUGAAAAGAAGACUAGACCCAAAAUCACAUCACAAAAUUUGAUUCAACGAAUCAAAACCACUGGUCGAUUCGGUAGCAUUGGAACUACCGCACAGAACAUGUUUGAUCUCUUUGAAAUCGAAAUUUCAUCCUCAUCGCUCGAAACUGUUCGUUUUCAGACACUAUUUCAAAAGAAUCAUUUUUAUCAUCAUGUCAUGGACUGCAAAUUUUCCCUUGUGUUAAUUGCUGCACAACAAGAUCGAUUGGUCAAUGGGAAAAAUUUUAAUGAAAUUGUUACCUUUGCAAAAGACGUUACAAUUCGUCGUCGACAAAAAUAUGCAUAUGCGAAAUUUAGUACCGAAGUACAAAAAUUUGUAAAUGAAUUCGAAGAUAUCAAAUCUGAUCCAAAUUUGUCUAUUGAUACUGGAGCAGAGAAAAUUUAUGGUGUGAAAAAAGUCAAUUAUGAAACUGAUCCAGACAAUGUGCAAAAGAAAAUUGGUGAUUUUUUCCGUGAUUUUACAAAAUAUCGUGUUCAACAUGAUCUUCUUAAGCUACUCAAUGAUUUCUAUAAACGAGUUGAUAAAAAAUAUGUUAUGAUGUUUCAAUCUUUUAACGAACAAGUUGAUUGGACUGACAAGAAAUCAUUUGAACCUUAUUUCAAUAUGUUACAAGCUUGGCAUAAAGAAGACGAAAACCGAAAGAAAGCCAUGGAAACCAAUGCAGAACAUCAUCCACGAGAAAUCUUAUCACGUCUUCGAGAAAAAACACAAUUGGAAAGUCAAUUUGAAGAGUUUAUGACAACUCUUCGUAAGGAAAAGAAAUACUGGGCUGAUUUACUUGAUGCACUUCAUUAUCAUAUCAAGGAAAACAAAGAACUAAUGGUACGCUUUGGUGAAGUGCCAGCUUUCAAAGAUGAAAAGAGUCUUGGACAAAUAGUAACUGGCGUAUUCAGCAACAAAGGUACGAACAGUUUUAUCGAGCAAAGUCUGUACGUCAUUCGCCUCUAUUGGCUUUCAUUUCAUAUUCUCACUUACAUGCGACAUUUAUAUAACUGCAACGAAUUAUUCGCUAUUGAAAUAGGAAAAUUUAGCCAAAAAGAUGUCUAUAUAGACGAUGGUAAUCAACCGACUUUUGAUUACUUAAUCAAUCGUGCUCAGACAUACUCGUUCGAUGUUGCUAAUGAAGCUUGUCAACUUUAUAUGGAAAAAUACGGCAUGCAUUGUGCAUCUGUUCGUUAUUUGAUGGCGUACAAAUAUGAUAUUAAUUAUCAAAGUUAUAUAGAAUCUGGUUAUCAUGAACUUAGUAAGAAAGAAAAUUUCAAUUCAAGUGCAGAAAAAAUUCAUCUG